AUGGUUCGCAUUUCUGCCCACCGUAAUGGCGAAAAUAAUAGCGUCGCAAUAGCUUUUGAAGGUGAUUUCAAGAACCUCCUUCAGGCUGCUUCGCUCAAGCUUGGCAUCAAUGCCGUCCGUGCUUUCCUCCCAACCGGAGCUGAACUCGAAGACGUUUCCCUCCUUUCAACUGAUGAUCACGUUUUCUUCUCUACUGGUGUUGACUUCAUGGAGCCGGCUAAGUUUACCAAGGAACAAUCCGCUAUCGCUAACUCCAUCCAAGUUCCAACACGCCAAAACAUGGUUUUCUAUGUCAAUGGCAAGCGCUUCUGCAUCGAGAACCCAGACCCAGAACAGACACUUCUCGAAUGGCUUCGUCUCAACGGAUAUACAUCUGUUAAGAAGCCAUGCGGCGAAGGUGGCUGCGGUGGUUGCGCAGUUGCUGUUGCUGAAUACGAUAACAAGCGUGGCUGCCCACACCAUUAUGCUGUUAACUCCUGCCUUGUCCCACUUCCAUUUGUUGAUGGCUGCUCCAUCACAACAGCUGAAGGUGUUGGUCAACUCGCUCACCUCCAUCCAAUCCAGAAGGAUCUCGCUGAAAACCACGGCACACAGUGCGGUUUCUGCACACCAGGCAUCAUUACAACACUCUACGCUCUCUUCGCUGAGAAUCCAGAGCGUACAGUCGAAGAAAUCAACGAAGCCCUUGCUACAAACCUUUGCCGCUGCACAGGCUAUCGUCCAAUCUUCGAUGUUGCUAAGAGAUAUGCCAUUGACUUCGAUAAGUCCACACUCGGAAACAUCGUAACAACAGGCAAGGACAUUGAGGAAGUUACAAACGUUAUUUCCACACGCGAACGCCCACUUGUUACACCAGAUUUCCCAGAGGAACUCAUCAACUACAAGCCAAACCCACUCCUCGUCUCUGGCCCAGAGUCCACAUGGUUCACACCAACAUCUCUCGAGCAGCUCGAGAAGGCUCGUACAGUUUUCGGAAAGGGUCUCUUCUUCGUUAAUGGUGCUACAGAUCUUAACUUCAAGAAGCAGUACAGACCAGACCUUGUCUUCCCAGUCAUGUGCGGAACACGCCGUGUCGAAGAACUCAAGGAAAUCAAGAUGGUCCAGGGCGGUGUCGAAUUCGGCGCUGGUGUUUCCAUCAACGAAUUCGCUAACUUCUGGAAGAAGGAUGCUCCAGAGUCACAGAAGGAACUCGGCAAGGCCUUCACAACAAUCACAAAGGAGUUCGCUAACUACAACAUCCGUAACAUCGGUACAAUCGGUGGCACACUCUGCGCUGGUGAUCCACUUUCCGAUCUUUGCCCACCACUCAUGACCGUCGAUGCUGUCUGCACAAUCAUCUCACCAAACAGCACACGCAAGGUCUCAGCCAAGGACUUCGUUCUCAAGAAGGAUUUGGCUCCAUCCGAGCUCCUCCUUUCCUGCUUCGUCCCAUUCAUGACAGAGGAAGACCACAUCAAGACAUACAAGAUCUCUCGCCGUCGUGAGGAUGCCCAGGCUCUCUGCAACAUCGGCAUCUGGACAAGAAUCCACGAUAAGAAGAUCCAGAAGCUCAACAUCACAAUCGGUGCUGUCUCUCCAAAGCAGUACAUCCCAGAAGAGGCUAUGAAAUUCGCUAUCGGCAAGGAAUGGAACUUCGCUACAUACGAAGGCAUCCGUGACAGAGUUCUCGCUCACCUCGAAGUCUCAAAGCGUAUGGGCCACCCAGAACUCCGCACAGACCUCGUCCGCGGUGUUAUCUACAAGUACUUCCUUUGGGUCAUGGACCGCACAGUUGGCCAAGUCCCAGCUAACAUGUCCUGCGCCUUCAUCCCAACAGAGCGUAUCCCACGUAAGUCAAAGCAGGUUUGGGAUCAGAGAACAGAGAAGGUCUUAGGUGACACAAAGAUCCCACACGUCUCCGCUUACGGCCACACAACAGGUGAAGCUCAGUUCGUCGGCGAUAUCCCAGCACCAAACAAGUGCGCUUACGCUUACCCAGUUCUCUCUACAAAGGCUCGCGCUGAGAUCGACACAAUCGAUCCAUCCGAGGCCCUCAAGCUCGACGGCGUUAUCGACUUCGUCUGCGCUAAGGAUAUCCCAGGAGCUAAGAAGUUAUGCUCCAUCCCACCAGCUGAUGAAGACCUCUUCGCUAUCGAGAACGUCAACAUGUACGGCCAAGUCAUCGGUGUCGUUGUCGCUGAGACAGAGAAACUCGCUAUGAAGGGUGCCCGCCUCGUCAAGGUCACAUACAAGAACGAGCAGAAGCCAAUCGUUACAAUCUACGAUGCUCUUGAAGUUGCCAAGAACGAUCCAUCCAUCAUCAUGGUCGAUCACCUUGGUCUCCACAAGGGCAACGUUGCCGAAGCCAAGUGCGACUUCGAAGUCAAGGGCAAGUCCCACAUCAACAACCAGGAGCACUUCUACCUCGAACCAAACUCCGUCCUCGUCGUUCCAAACGGCACAGAAGGCUACAAGAUCUACGUCGCCUGCCAGAACCCAGGUCUCGUCCAGAACGCUGUUGCUUCUGUCCUCAACAUCCCACGUUCUAUGGUCCGUGCUGAAGUCAUGCGUCUCGGUGGUGGCUUCGGUGGCAAGCAGGAUCGUCCACAGUUCUACGCUGCUCAGGCCGCUAUGGCUUCAUACAAGACAGGCCGCCCAGUCCGUCUUGUUAUGUCUCGCCAGGACGAUAUCCAGACAGCCGGUAUGCGCCACGAGUACGUCACAGACUACGACAUCGGUUGCGACAAGGAUCUCAUGCUCACAAAGGCUGACUUCCUCUACCACUCCAACGCUGGCUGGACAAUGGAUCUUUCCCGCCUCGUUAUGGAUCGUACACUCUACUCCGCAACAGGUGGCUACGCAUGCCCGAACGUCAAUGCUUACGGUAACAUCUACCGCACAAACAAGCUUUCCUGCACAGCCUUCCGUGGCUUCGGUGUUCCACAGUCCCUUCUCUCCAUCGAAACAGCUAUGACUCACCUCGCUCACGAAGUUGGCGUCCGCCCAGAAGUUCUCAAGGAGAAGAACCUUUACCACAAGGGCGACAAGACACUCACUGGCUACGAACUUCCAGAUGAGUCCAUCCGCCGCUGCUGGGAAGCCUGCAAGAAGUCCGCUGAUUGGGAUGCUCGUGUCCGCGAAGUUGAGCAAUUCAACGCCACACACAUCUACAAGAAGCGCGGUAUCGCUAUGACACCAGUCGUUUCCACAAUGGGCUUCGAGUCCGAGUUCAUGAUGAAGGGCCACGCUCUCGUCCAGAUCUACGGUGAUGGCUCCGUCUCUGUUUCCCACGGUGGUAUCGAAAUGGGCCAAGGCAUCCACACAAAGAUGCAGAUGAUCGCCGCUGAAACACUCGGCAUCCCAGCUUCCAAGGUCAAGGUCAUGGCCACACAGACAGACAAGACUGUCAACAUGCCACCAACAGCUGGUUCAACAGGCACAGAUCUCCACGGCCGUGCUGUCGAGUACGCCUGCCGCAAGCUCAAGGACAACCUCAAGGACAUCUGGGAGAAGCACCCAGACUGGACUUGGGAACAAGGAUGCGGCUACGCUUACUUCAACAAGUACUGCAUGCAGGAGUCCGGCUGGAACAGAAUGCCAAACUCCGUCUACGACCACAACACCCACGAGGGUCGUGAAUCCUACUACCUCAUCUGGUCGGUCGCCUUCUCAAUGGUCGAACUCGAUGUCCUCACAGGCGAACACGUUCUCCUCCGCACAGAUAUCGUCCACGACUGCGGCUCCUCAAUCAACCCAGGUAUCGAUAUCGGUCAGCUCGAAGGUGGCUUCGUCCAGGGCCAGGGCUUGUACACUCUCGAAGAGAUGAUCUGGGCUGAUGAUGGCCACAUCAGAACACGUAACGUCACAACAUACAAGAUCCCAACACUCGACGAUAUCCCAGAUGAGUUCAAUGUCACACUCCUCCAGGACGACUACAACGACAUGGGUGUCUACGGUUCUAAGGCUUCCGGUGAAGCUGGCCUUCGUCUCGGCUGCUCUGUCCUUAUGGCUCUCCGUGAUGCUGUCACAGCUGCUCGCCACCAGUUCGGUGUUGACGAAUGGUUCGACUUCAACUCACCAGCUACAAUCGAAGUUAUCCGUGAGAACAUCCCAGUCAAGGAACUUGACCCAUCUACAAAACAAUAA